AUGCCGUCAACAGGGCUGUUCCUCUUCCCUGUUGGGCCUAACCAGCUCUCACCCUCAUCAGUUAUAAUAUCGCAUAUCUCGCGCUCGUUCCCCGCUGAACCAUUACCACCUUUUUACCUCGACCAUCGCCUGUUCGUGGAUACAUCCUCGCUCCUUCCAAAUUCCGACACCUCCCUGCGCAGGUUCACGAGCAUCUUGACACUCUCGCACACACCCCUGAAGACAUAUGUUGGAAUAACUCCUUCGAAAGAGAAGGGUCAGCCUCUUGAACAGCAACCUCUCCCGAGUACUCUGAUCACAGUCCCCUCGACAUUUGCCGACUCAUUCACGCAGCUGAUUGGGACCAAACUCCAACCUCACUGGGCACACCGACAGUCGCUGGUCGUGGAAAAUGGAACGGCCCUCUCGUUUAGGAACGGAGAAUGGACUGUUCGUAUAGGAGAUCUGAAAACACCCAUUCGUCCCAACCAGACCGUUUCCAACGUCCGUGGCAUGCUAAUUGAAGUUUCCUACACGCCCGGAACUCUGGAGACACGGCGCGAGGAUUCGGUGAAACAAGAGAAUACCAACAUUUUCGUUAGUGUUGAUAAGGAAAAUGCGACUAUCAUCCGUGCAUUUCUCGAGGCUCUGACAGUCGGGACUGGCGUGUCCCUUGAGAACAGCCGCGUGCUAUUUCGAAGAACGAACAGCCACGACAAGGAAAAAGGCGGUAGUGGAGCAGUGGACGGGGCCCUCGCGACGCUGUACAUGGAAAUGCUUCGCGGGGGAAGAGGUUGA